AUAUAUUUAACUUUUCAAGAGAAUUGGUAUCCCAGUCUUCUGUGGGGAGUUCCCAGAUUUCUUCUGCCAGUGAUGAUCCCCUCGCAAAUCCAGAUAUGCACUGGAGAGAUGCCAAUGUAGAGGACACAGGGGCACCAGAUCCACGAACUGUAGCAUUUCACCCAGAGAGGCAGCCCGGCAUUCAGUUGGGACGACUUUUAAGAUAUGGUGCUAGGCAGUUUCGAGAACCCAUGGAUUUCUUGAAACUGUUUCUGACGGAGGCGUUGGUCUUCUCAAUCUGUGUGGCCACCAAUGAUUAUGCCAAUAUGCUGAUAUCUAGAGGGGAAAGGUCAUCGUAUGCAAGUCAAGGGAAUUGGACUCCUCUCACUGAAGAGGAAUUGUACAGAUUUCUCGGAAUUAUUCUUUACAUGUCCGUGGUAAAGUUCCAGACGCUAGAAAGGUAUUGGUCAACACAGGCUCUCUAUCGGAACAACCCUGUACCAGGAGUUAUGUCCAGAACUAGAUUUCAGGCCAUCUUAUCGUUCUUACAAGUAACACCUCCAGCUGAUAUCGACAAAGCUGAGAAGUUGACACGCGUACAGUCUUUGGUGGAUCAUGUUAAAGAGAAGUCCAAGGAAUUAUACCAGCCGCACAGGGAAAUAGCUGUAGAUGAGAGAAUGGUAUCCUCAAAGCAUAAGUUCUCUGGUAUUCGCCAGUUUAUUAAAGACAAGCCUAUUCGAUUUGGUAUAAAGCUUUGGGUUGUAGCUUGUAACAUGUCUGGGUAUACAUACGACUUUUUUGUUUAUCUUGGUAAAAAGAACACAAUUUUUACUGAACGUGCAAAAGGUCUUGGAUACAAUGUAACACUUAGAUUAUGUGAGUCCCUUUUUGAUCAAGGGUAUAGGCUUUUUACUGAUUGUUUUUAUACGUCUUUAGCUCUUGGCAAAGAAUUGUUUGCAAGGAAACUUUACCUUGUUGGGGUACUGAAAUCAAACAGUUUAUCUAUACCUGAUGAACUUAGAGAUGUUAAAAUCUGGGAAAGAGUAGCAACACGUGGUGACUUUAGAUGGCAGAGAGUUGAUGAAUUUGUAUUUGUUCAGUGGAAAGAUUGUAAGGUUGUCACUUUUAUGUCACCUUUACAUCAGGGUUCAGCUACAACUGUUUGUGAACGCACUAUGAAAUCUAGAUUAACUUGGAACAAAAAACAACUUGUACAACCUGUAGUAGCAAAUGAUUAUAAUAAAUGUAUGGGAGCUGUUGAUCUUUCAAACCAGUUUACUAAUAAAUAUCCAUCUUAUAUAAGAACACAAUAUCAUUGGUGGAAAGUUCUGUUUUUUCAUUUACUAGAUAUUAUGGUUGUGAAUUCAUAUAUUCUUUUUCAAGAAUUUAGAAAAUCGCACGAAAGUCAGAUUACAAAUUGUUCUUCAGGGUUUGGACAACUUGAAUUCCGUGAAUCACUUGCUUUGUCACUGAUGGGUUUGAAUGAAAAGUCUGUAUCAAAAGAAAGUGUUAUUCAAUGUAUACCUGAAUUUUUAGAGAAAAGGAAAGAUUGUGUAUUUUGUAAUGCUGAGGCAAUACUUUUGAAUAAGAAGUCUCCUAGUUAUAAGACACUUGUAUUUUGUCCAUCAUGCCAAGUUCCUCUUUGUUUGUCAAGUGACAGAAAUUGUUUUAAGAAAUGGCAUAGUAAAGAAGGAGAAGAUGUUCGAAAGAGUGCAGAUUUGUCAUGUAAAAAGAGAAAGCUAUGAAAUUAUUCUGUACAUGUAUUCUUUAAAGGACAUACCAUAUUUCUGUCCAGUGAAUUCAAAUAUAUGUACAUUAUAUAAAUGUAACCGUCGUGAGACAUGAUGAUGAUGCCGUGCAUAAAAGUUUCUCAACAAUUAUGUUCAACUUCUUGAUUAUCAAUUAUAUAAAAUGUACAUUUAGGUGUAAUUUCCAUACAUUUGUUGACAUGCAAGUAAUAGUGCUAUUUGUCAAUUUUUUAAUGAAAUUUUUAUCAAAUUUGGAAAUUUUUGUAAAAUGAAUAUGAAAUUCAUAAUUGAAAACCACAUUUCAUUUUAAUAACUUUUUAGAUACUAGUAAUUAGUUUGAACUGUUUUUAAUGGAAGAAGUGAAACAUUACAGUGUCACAUGGAUAGUACCUUAGUAUUUUUGUAUAUAUUUCUGGGCUGAAAAAUGGAAGGAAAAGUUAGAAAAAAACAAAAUUCUGAAGCACAAUUUUUGCACUUGAUGACCUUUGACCUUUAUUGUCUAAAAAAUAUUAAUGAUAAUUAUUGCUCUUAAUGCUUAAAACCUUAGAAAAAUGUGUAUAGGGAAUAUCUUUUUGAUUAAUUUGGUAAUUAUGCUAAUUAUUAUGUUUUGUAAUUAUUAUGUUUUGUUAUUAUAUUGACAUUGUACUGGAUGGAAGCAGAAAUGUGAAAUUAAGUUAAAAUUGUAUUAUGGGUAAUGUUACUUAGCAACCAGAAAUAUUCAUUUAUCAAUUAAAUUGAUUACUGUGAUAAUGGUGUUUUAGUUGUAUCUUAGUAGGCUCAAGUU